CCAGACCCCACAGACCGCCCGGCUCUUGCUUCAACAGUGCUUGAACGGAGCCUCCGCACCCCGAGACCGCCCCGCACCCCCCGAGACCGCCCCGCACCCCCGGGCACCCAGCGCCCCCCGGGCACCCAGCACCCCCCGGGCACCCAGCCGGCGCCAUGAGCUCCCAGAUCCGCCAGAACUACGACCCCGAGAGCGAAGCCGGCACCAACCGCCUGGUGAACCAGCUGCUGCGAGCCAGCUACAGCUACCAGUCCCUGGGGUAUUUCUUCGACCGGGACGAUGUGGCGCUGGCCCAUUUCUCCGAGUUCUUCCGGCAGCUGUCGGGCGAGAAGCGGGAACAGGCCGAGCGGAUGCUGGGUUUCCAGAACCGCCGGGGGGGCCGCAUCCUCCUGCAGGCCAUCCAGAAACCGGAGCAGGACGAGUGGGGGAAUGGGGCGGCCGCCAUGGACUUCGCCCUGAAGCUGGAGAAAACCAUCAACCAGGCGCUGCUGGACCUGCACAAGGUGGCCACGAGCCACGCGGACCCACACAUGUGCGAUUUCCUGGAGACCCACUACCUGGACGAGGAGGUGAAGCUCCUCAAGAAGCUGGGCGACCACGUGACCAACCUGCGGCGUGUGGGGGCGGCCGAGGGGGGGCUGGGCGAGUAUCUCUUCGACCGGCUCACCCUACACGACAGCAGCUGAGCCCCGAGCUGCCCGUGGCGCCGGCCCUUUAAAUCCUGCUGCCCAGCUGGGCCGGAGCCCCCCCUGCUGAUCAUGGGGUACACGCCCCCCACCCCACCUGCCGAUCACGGGGUGACCCAGCCCCUCCAAAGUCUGUAACCGGCAUUGAAUAAAAGCUUGGCAUUAGCA